AUGCUCUCGUCUCUUGGCUUUGAGUCAAAAAAUCAUGCUCGGAAUGGUCGGAAUGGGGCUUCGAAGUAUUUCGAGGUCCCUCGAGGGUUCUCUGUUCACGUUUUCAAGAACCCCGCCACGGCCUCCUCUCACACAUACACUCCUGCUGGAGGAAAGCCUAACCCAGUUCACGGUCGUCCCGUUGUCCGCUCAAAGCCUCCAGCCUAUCCUCCCCGUCCUGAUAACGAGAGGAAGAACUCGCUGAUCCACCCCUCGCCUCCCGCUGAUUAUGAUGCGGCUUUCGUGCUGAAUCGAUCGAAACCGAGGAAAAACUAUGGAAUAUACCCCAGCGCUACCGACAAUAACACAUAUAUUUACGAACGCUCUGUCUCCUCUGCCUCUGAUAUUCUGGCGAGUUCGCACUCUUCAUCAAGUUCCGACUCUGAUGACUCCAUCUCGGGAUCUGCCGUCUCUACUGAGGUUUCCUCUACACGUGCUAGUAGUAGCACAGAGACCUUGGAGACGACCGCGCUGAGCGUCCGCGCGCAUGUUUCAAACGCCGUGGGAGCUGCACCCUCUGCGCCUCUCAGAGCUACUCCCUCGUCGGGGUCUGCGGGAGCUACACCAGAUAACAAUGGCACCAUUCCUCGAGUACCCCUUAUAGUUUCCGAGGAAACUUCCCCACGCUUCGCUGCGCUUCCACCCACAUUUGCUGUUCCUAUCCACCUGGCAACCGUAGAAACGGUUUCGGAUAGCGAUAGCGACACUGUCAUUGACGAUCCCAUCGUCGAUAUAACGAGGCCACGACGGGCCAACGCUGGUGGCAGGGACGAAGGGAGACGAGAUUUUUCUGUCGUUCCUUCCGCUGCCGCUCUCUCUGCGAGGAGAGACACUGAUGGGCAUUCGAGCAGCCAGCAGGUCUCGCGCUCGAGAGACUCUCCGGAGACCCAGCAGGUCACCACUUCGACCGCUCUAGCGCCUGCUGCCAAGUGUCGGUACGAGGAUUCAUCAAGCCUACGCGCUCCACCUGGGUUGGCGGUCACUACGGCGUAUGAUGGUGGCGAUCAGCUUCGCAGAGUGGCCGCUGGAUCAUCGUCGCAUCCCACUUCGAACAGUUCUGAUGUGCGCCCACCACAACGACCACCUGCCAUUCCCCUACCUGUGGCGAAUCGGACUGGCGGCAUCUCUGAAUCAGCUCCGGCAGUCCUCACUCGUAUUGGCGAAGGGACGCCUCACAAUAAUCGUGACUCGCCCUCGCGCACAGUGGAGAGGGAUGCCCGAGCAGAGUCGACCAUUCCGCUCGCACGAGCUACUUCAGCUUUCGAAGGAGGCUUUGGAACGACAUCACGACGUUGCGUCAGAUGGACUGAGAACCUGGUCUGCCCUUCACCGGUGCCUCCUAGUGAGCGCCGCAAAGGGUGGUUCAACCGUCGCGGGGAUCAGCUGUGGACGAACGAUGGGAGAUACAAGUCCGUCGAGGCUGGGAAAGACUAUCCGCCGGACCUUGUCGGCUAUCCUGAACCAAACUCGGGGUGGAUGAACGAGAAUGGUGUGCGAAUUGAUAUGCAGCAUCAUCUCAUUCCAAAGCCGCCGCUGCGCUCAGCUCUGAAACGCCCCAAGGCCUCUCCAACUCAGUGA